AUAUUUCUACAAAAUGGCAUGGGGUUCAAAGUAUUAGCUCAAAACCACAACUGCUGCUAACAGUGCUUGAAUAACUAUUAACAGAAUUAAAGAAGUAAAGACCACAAAUGUUAUGUAAAAGUAUGAAUAAUCAUCAGUACGCAGCUGUUUUAUUUAUUAAUAGUUAUCUUUAAUGUUGUGUAAUGUCCAUAAAACAAGUUAGUUCCAGUUAUCAUUUACGUUAUAGCAGCUAUAAACAGUCAUUCCCUCACCAGCCCAUCUUUUCUGCCUUAAAAUUAAUAAGACAAAAAAAAAAUGCAAUUUGUUAUGUCACUGAGAAACUGCAAGGUCCUCUGUUCUGAAGACUUUCCUGUGUAAGGAAAUUUAACGAUUUUACCUCUGACCUCUGAAUGCCAUCAUAUCAACAAUUAAACUUUUUUUUAAUCCAUUUGUGAACCUCCACCAUACAAGUCUCUGUGUAAGCUUUUACCAUAAAAAUGAUAACAUAUUGGAAUGAGCACAUUAUAGUAAUUUGUGAUUUGUUUUGCAGCUGGCAUUACUGUCAAAGCUGCUGUUAUAGGAAACUAAUCAACACAUUCUUACCAAUCAGAAUUGAGCAUUCAGCAGUGCUGUGGUGUAAACUAGAUUAUGAGACAGACUUUCCACUGUCCUCAGAGGUCUAUUAUCUAAAUGUCUUGAUGUAAGUGGUCUCAACCCGAGUCUUAGAACUCCCAACGGCAGCCCACCUGUGUAGAAGCCCUCAUCCGGGAGGACUCGUGUUUCACAUCUACUAUUCAGGCAGCUUCAGUCAAAGCCCAAACUACAUUCUGGGUAGUCUCUUGGGUCUUUCAGCCCUCUGUUCACUAUACAAGGCCUGGCCUGCUACUCUGGAACACUUGGUGAACAUCUUUUAUGGACUUCAGGAAGUCAGGAGACUCCAGGCAAAGAUCCAAAGAAGGACAAAUGUUCGGGUGGCAUCUGAAGGCCUCUUACAAUUAAGGCUUCAUUAGAUCAGACUUGUCCCAUUGGAGGUGUGUAUAUAAAGCCAGGGUGAGGUCAACACUCUGUGUGUAUCGUGAGUGAGUGAGUGGAGAUAUUCAGCAGCCUGGGAUGUCCAAAGUCAAGGCUGCACCCCCACCAGGGUGCACAAUCAACGUCAAUGACCCUCAAGUACAAGAGGCAGCUAUCCGCAUCCAGGCUUCAUAUCGGGGCCAUCGGUCGAGGAAAGAGCUACGUGAAAAAGGGCCGCCAAAGUUUCUGCAGGAGCUAAAAGACGUGCUCUUGUUGGAAGGAAGUGCGGCAAAGUUGGAGUGCCGAGUCAGCGCUUUCCCUGACCCCUUCAUCAUCUGGUCAAAAGAUGGAAAAGAGCUUAAAGAUGGACCCAAGUAUCGCUAUGUGUUUGAGGACCCUGAUGUUGUGGCGCUGGUGGUGCGUGAUGGAGAGUUAGCAGAUCUCGGCAGAUACACUGUUACGAUUAAAAACCCCUUUGGUCAGACAUCGGGCUCUGCCUGUAUCAUAGUGGAGGUACCAGCUAAGGUGACCAAGGGACCGGACAGCAUAAAAGGCAGGAGAGGGAACACGGUGGUGCUGAAGGCGGAGAUCAGUGGGGAACCACCCCCUGACGUUGGCUGGCUCAAGGAUGGAGACGAUAUAGAGGAAGACGACAGAGUAUUUUUCGAUGUAGGUGACACCAACACCAUUCUCACCAUCAAAAGUGCACGGCCAUCGGAUUCGGGAAAGUAUGAGGUGUUCGUGGAGAACAACUUGGGAACGGAUCAGUCCUUCGCUCGAGUGGACAUCCUGUGAGGACCUCAAACUCUUGCACCAAUCUGGAAGGUUAUUUGGUGUGUAUAAUAUACUUUGUUGUCUCUAGACAACUUAAGAUCGCUUGUAUUGUUAAGGAGAAUUGUAUUAUGACAUUAUAUAUAUGUUGAAUAAUCCAUGAUUUUUUUUUUUUUUUUUUUUUACCAAAUAGCCUGAGAACACUAUUUAUGUGUUACAUUCAGGGUUUUUAGUAGAUGAAUGUCACCUGUCAGAACAGCAAGAUAUGCA